AGCGCCUAUCAUCUACGAGUCUUGGAGCUCUAAAACGGUUGCUUUCUCAUCCCUCGUAUGAUGAGGUCACCGUCUUUGGAUUGUUUUGUUGGUACCCUUCCGAGAGCAGAGUCACCUGCAUCUUUAGCUUUCACUCCUACCUAACCCAAAAUUUUAACCCACUCUCUCAUAUUCUCCAAUUCAAUCAUCAGAUUCACAAGCUCAGUUCUUGCAAUCAAUGGCUCUCUGCAAAUGGGUCUCUUUGAUUUUCAUAGUUAUGGUGAUUAUGCCACUUCUCAUUUCUUCAGACCAUUCUUUGAGCCCGGAAGAGGUGGCUCAAAUACCAGUUAAGUUCCUUGACCAUGCUAAAAGGCAGGAGCUUUUUGAUUUUAUGGUGGGUGUUCGAAGGAAAAUACAUGAAAACCCAGAACUCGGUUUUGAGGAAUUUGAGACUAGUAAGCUUAUUAGAGCUGAGCUUGAUCAGAUGGGCAUCCCUUACAAAUACCCAUUGGCUGAAACUGGUAUUGUUGGCUUUAUUGGGACUGGUGGACCGCCUUUUGUUGCAAUUCGAGCGGAUAUGGAUGCUCUAGCUAUGCAGGAGAGUGUGGAGUGGGAGCACAAGAGUAAAGUUCCAGGGAAGAUGCAUGCAUGUGGACAUGAUGCUCAUGUUGCUAUGCUUCUUGGUGCUGCAAAGAUACUUCAAGAGCAUCACCACGAAUUACAGGGAACAGUUGUUCUUGUUUUCCAACCAGCUGAGGAGGGAGGUGGAGGAGCAAAGAAAAUGUUAGAUGAAGGGGCAUUGGAGCAUGUUGGUGCCAUCUUUGGGUUGCAUGUCGCUGCUGAUUACCCCAUUGGUUCAGUGGCCACUAGGUCUGGCCCUUUUUUUGCCGCGAGUGGUUUUUUUGAGGCAGUAAUAAGUGGGAAGGGGGGUCAUGCUGCCAUUCCACAGCACACAAUAGACCCAAUCUUGGCUGCUUCCAAUGUCAUUGUUAGUCUGCAACAUCUUGUUUCACGUGAAGCUGACCCCUUGGAAUCACAGGUUGUUACCGUUGGAAAAUUCCAAGGUGGUGGUGCAUUCAAUGUUAUUCCAGAUUCUGUUACAAUUGGUGGCACGUUCAGGGCAUUUUCAAAGGAAAGCUUUAUCCAACUUAAACAAAGAAUUGAAGAGGUUAUCACUAGGCAAGCCAGUGUACAGAGGUGUAAUGCAACAGUCCUAUUCAAUGAAAAGGAUAAGCCCUUUUACCCUGUGGCUGUUAACGACAAAAAUCUGCACAAACAAUUCCGAAAUGUUGCAGGUGAUUUGUUGGGCCCUCAGAACAUAUUGGAAAGGCAACCCAUGAUGGGUGCAGAAGACUUCUCAUUUUAUCAAGAAGCAAUUCCGGGAUACUUCUUCUUUGUUGGUAUGAAGAAUGAGUCUCAAGGAAAGUUCGAAUCAGGACAUUCACCGUUCUUUAGAGUAAAUGAAGACGUUCUUCCAUAUGGAGCAGCAUUGCAUGCAUCUUUGGCCACAAGAUACCUCCUGGAAAAUCAACCCAAAUCUACUUUGCCGAAAGGGAGCUUUCAUGAUGAAUUGUGAAGCUCUAGGAUUGAUAGUUAAGGGCUCUACUCAUGUAAACCACAUUAUGAACUGCUUGCAGAUUUGAUGCUAGUGUCUUCGCUAUGUAAAGCUGACCUUUUAUCAAUAAUUCAGCCAACCUGUUGAUGAUGUGAUAAA